UCAGUUGCGUGCGGCUUUCAAGAUGAACACAUCGUCGCCCAACGGAAUACUCUGUUUCACGAAUUGCCUGCUGCUGCAAGAAGAUGGUACUUUCCGAAAGAAAGAUCUAUGGGUAGAUCAAGUCACUGGCAGAAUACUGGAUCCUCAAGAUACUUUCUUCGUGCGCACAGAACGUCCUGGGGAAGUCAUUGACCUCCAAGGAAGUAUCCUAAGUCCUGGCCUUAUCGACAUCCAGAUUAACGGUGCCUAUGGCUUCGAUUUCUCUUCUCAAGACCACGACGACGAAGCAUACAUGGAGGGCUUAAAGAUGGUUUCAAGCAAGAUCGUUGAAACCGGCGUCACAUCCCUCAUGCCGACAGUAGUGACCCAGGACAAGGCACUUUAUCCAAAGGCCCUCCAGCGUUUACAUCCUCUCCCCAGUCGGACAUCGGCGUCACUCCUCGGAUGGCAUGCAGAGGGUCCUUUCCUUGAAAUGUCCAAACGAGGUGCCCAUUCCCCUUCUUGGCUCGCCACUGCUCCUGAAGGUCUCCGUACAUUUGAAGCCAUGUACGGGACUAGCAACCUCGCGAGUGACCCGGAGUGGAGGAAUGCAAGGGCUGACACUGACGCCGUUGGUGGAAGGAUCAUAACCCUUGCGCCGGAGGUUGAAGGUGUAAUGGGAGCAGUUGAGGAAUUAGCAGGUAAAGGUAUCGUUGUUUCUAUUGGCCACAGUACAGCUAUAUCUGCAGUCGCGGUGGAAGCUGCCAAACGCGGCGCUACUCUCAUAACUCAUCUCUUUAACGCCAUGCCUCAGCUCCAUCACCGAGACCCUGCUAUCAUAGGCCUAUUGGGCGCACCCGCUUACCUGAACCGUCCUCCUGCGAUUGAAGCGUCCUCUGCAUCCCCUUCAAGUGCUAGUAAAGGCCAGUUCAAGCGGCCCUUUUACUCCAUUAUUGCCGAUGGAGUUCAUCUCCACCCAUACUCCGUCAAGAUGGCAUAUUCAACAUUUCCAGAGGGCUGUAUCUUAAUUACUGAUGCCCUACACAUUCUCGAUCCGCACUUGAAAGACGGUGUACACGAGUGGCAUCAUGGAAAGCGACUUUUCAAAGAGGGCGACAAACUUUAUGUCGACGGAACUACUACCCUUGCUGGGACGUGCGUUCCCUUGGACAAAUGUGUUCGUAACCUCGCCUCUUUCACCGAAAUAUCUCUCGGAGAAGCCUUGAAAUGUGCUUCUUUCAACCCUGCGAAGUGUCUCAAUAUCGAAGGAAGGAAGGGGACGUUGCGGCCAGGCGCUGACGCGGACCUAGUUGUUUUGGACAACGAUGGAGUACCACAGAGUACUUGGAUCAAGGGUAAGAGGGUAUGGACUAGAAGUGUAUAAGCACUCGAGCGUGGGUACAAUUAAGUGACAAGGUAUAAUGUAGGUAUCACCCGUAAGCAAAACACGGUCAUGACAGAUGGACUUGUGUGUGUGUUCUAUUCUUCCGA